UGGAUGAUUACCGGGCGGUUUGCUAAUCAGGUUGGCCAUUGGUGAACGUAAACUGGUGUGUAUUACCCGCGCUGCGAGAAUGACAAGAUUCACUCCGAUUACUCUCCGGGCUCAAACAACCAUCACCACUCUAUCAAUCAUCUAUCUGUAUUGCCGGUGGCGCUUGCCGCGAACUCAUAAGUGCGCUUGAUCGGCACCGAAGCAAUCAUUCAUACCGUCAUAAUCGGUCCUAACUUCGGACUUCUCAUUCGUUAUUAAUCUUGGUUAUUUCCACCUUUCUCUGCUUACAGCGACCUGCCUACGUGUCAGUUCCCAAGCAGCUCCUCUAUGCUAAAGGGUCAGUGAUGCUGCGUAAUACCCCUAGUCAGGAAUCGGGGAAAGCCCAGUGCGUAUUACAAGAAUUACCAGCUCAGCCCACGGGCAGCGGAGAGAAGGAUGAGAAACCAAGUAGUCGCUCCAGUCGUCAGAUUGGCGAGGAAGACGACGGCAAUUCCAGCCUUUCCUCAACAUCACCCCACCAACCACCCGCAGGCUCAACCGGCGUUCUAUCCGGAACCGUCUCAGAAGUGCGAGAUGGCAUCUACAAGCGCGACGAGGAAUUCGGCCCGCCCAUAGAAGAAAAAACCACCACGACGGCCCCGGAUCCAAAUGACCCCAACCUCGUCACCUGGACAGGGCCUGACGACCCAGAUAACCCUAAGAACUGGUCCUUCGCCCGAAAAUGGGGCGCUGUUUUCGUCGUGUCGACGUUCACCCUCAUAUCGCCUGUCUCGUCGUCCAUGGUUGCGCCCUCAUUGAUCGCUAUCGGCGAGGAGCUGAACAUCACGGAGUCGUUUCAGCGAUCGCUCGUCUUGUCGAUUUUCGUUCUGGGCUAUGCGAUUGGGCCGCUGGCGUCGGGACCGCUUUCUGAACUCUAUGGGAGGGUCGUGGUGCUGCAGUACACUAAUUUGAUUUACCUUUUCUUCAAUCUCGGGUGUGGACUUGCGAGGACAAAGGGGCAGCUUAUUGCGUUUAGGUUUCUUUCUGGUCUGGGGGGUUCCGCUUCCUUAGCGAUAGGUGGAGGGGUAUUGAGUGACCUGUUCGUGGCUGAGCAGCGUGGGAGGGCUAUGUCGCUCUACUCUCUUAUGCCCCUUCUUGGGCCGGCUAUAGGCCCCAUAGCUGGUGCAUUCAUAACCGAGCACACAACAUGGCGCUGGAGUUUCUGGGCAACUACCAUCGCCGACGCUGCCAUCCAAUGCUUCGGCCUGCUCUUCCUCCGCGAGACUUACGGCCCAGUUCUUCUCGCCUGGAAGAAACGCAAACUCCAAAAGGACACCGGCAAAGACGACUUCCACACGCCCUACGAUGAACCGGACCGCACGGUUGGCAAGAUGCUCCACAUGGCCUUCACGCGACCCUUCCGUCUCCUCGCCACCCAGAUCAUCGUCCAAGUACUCUCGCUCUACAUGAUGUACCUCUAUGGCCUCAUGUACAUUGUCCUCGUCUCCUUCCCUAACCUCUGGUCCUCGCCCCAACCCCGAGGCUACGGGGAGAGUGUAGGCAUCGGCGGGCUGAACUAUGUCUCCCUAGGCCUUGGCUUCGGACUAGGGGCUCAGAUCUGUGCCCUGCUACAAGACCGCAUCUAUGCUGCUCUUAAAAGACGGUAUAAAGAGCCGGGACGGCCGGAAUACCGCGUUCCCAUGAUGAUCCCCGGCGCACUCCUCGUUCCGAUUGGCUUGGUGAUCUACGGCUGGACGGCAGAGUACAAGACGCAUUGGAUCUGGCCCAAUGUAGGGGCUUGCUUGUUCUCGGCGGGCUCGAUCGUGGGGUUUCAGUGCGUGCGGACUUAUUUGGUCGAUUCUUAUACGCGGUAUGCGGCGAGUGCGGUCGGGGCGGCGACGGUGAUGCGCAGUUUGGCCGCUUUUGGGUUUCCGCUGUUUACGCCGAGCUUGUAUGAUAAUCUGGGACUCGGGUGGGGGAAUACGUUAUUGGCGUUUCUGGGUGUGGCUAUAGGCUGGCCGAGUCCGGUGUUGUUGUGGAUCUAUGGGGAGAGAUUGAGGAAGAGGAGUCCGUUUGCUGCCGGUGGGUAAUAACUAGGAGUGGGAAGACAUUAUGUAGAAAGACAUAGAAUACCUACAAUCUUGCAGGUUGAUUUGCAGGAAAGUUGGAGGGGCCACUUUGAGUAGUGUUGGCUUCAUGGUGAGAAAUAACAUGGAUUACUAAUAAGUAUGCAGAGAUGAGUAUAUAUGUGCUUGAUACCUUAUAUAAGGAAGAUCAAAUCGAAAUGAACUUUCCUUUUUCUGGUCAGCUCAUUAAGCCGAAACUAGUUAGCUACUUUAGAUUUGAAGAAAUAGAACUAACCGAAACACAAAUCAGGGGUUACGACUUACUCGUC